CUUCCCUUCGCGCCUCGCAGUCCACUCCCUCAGGCUCCGCCAAUGUCAGACCAGGCGACCACCCUCUCUCUUCCCUCGAACCUUCCUUCAGCGAACUCUCCGACAGCAUGGCCGACCUCGAAGCAAACAUGAUGCAUCUCCAACUGCUCAACGACAGUUUGUCCCGCUUUUCCGAGAACUUUGGCGCUUUCCUCUAUGGUAUGAACAUGACUGCUUUCUGCGUCGACUUCCCAGAGGCGCCACUGAAGGAGAGUUAUGCUAGACAUAAGGAUACGCAGGGGAGAGAUCAGAUGGAGGAUAGUCCAUUCAGAGGGUAUGAAGGAUAUGGAGGACAGGGGAGAGGGAGGGAAGGUGAUAUGGAAGCGACGUUCAUGACAAGUGAUACGUCUGGGUUUGUGGAGAAUCCUGAGCCGAGCACGGUGAAGAAGAGUGGUGGCAGUAGUAAGUUUAGUGAAGUGCCGGGGAGUCUGAGCACACCAGGGAAAUUUGCUGGGAGAGGGAGAGGCGGUGUGGGUACUGGGAGGGGAGGGGCUGGCACCAGAGGAAAUGCUACUGCUACGGCUGGUAGAGGACGAGGAAGCGGCAUUGCGAGGGGGUCCAGCACCGCAAGAGGCAGCACGAGAGGCACGGGCAUUGCCAGAGGUAUUGCAAGAGGGAGGGGCGUGCGGUGAAGGCUCAAAUCAAAGGAGACUUAGCUUUCGUAUGACUUCUGCUGAGAACUGGACGACAUGCAGACUGGGACGCCAUCAGGGCAAACACGCGGCAAACCAGCGACCCUAUGCUACGAAACACGGAUCGACAAGUUCCCUGUUAGAGAUUUAUGCAUAUUCCGCAUGCCAAUACGGAAGUCGAUCAAACAAACAGAAGGAAGGCCGCAACCUCAAGAUGUUCCGCCAGAUGCACAACUCCUACUAGCUGCCGAUAUGAAACGAUGAUUUCUCCCACAUCUGCCUCCUCGGACAGAAAUCCAGAAACCACCGCAUCAGAUCUCUCGGUUCUGCUCGCGUUUGUGUACUGGAAAGGUCGUAAUUCGCCUCCCCGUAAUUCAAGCCCGUGUUUUGCCCUUGGAGGAGUUGCACGACUCGUGCCGUAGGUGUGUGUCUGUUGUAGCAUGGAACCUCGAAGCCCGCUAUUCGGGCUCGAUCCCCACUUUAAGGAUCAGGAGUCAGGUACGCCCAACUGUCGAGUUUGCUCUGAUCGAUGAGUAGUCUGUGGAUGCGGAGCGUACAGAAAGAAAGACCUAGAACACCAGUGGGAGACGUACGAUGAUGCCGUCUUAACUCUUGGAAGGAUUGAUACUCGAAAUGGCAGAACGAAUAGUAAGGUAUCUGACG